GGGCGGAGACGGGAGGGCGGGGGCGGCGGCGGCCCCGGCGGGACUGGCGGGAGGCGGCGGGGAGCGCGUCGUCCUGUUCGUUCCUUUCUCUUCCAUUCCUUUAUUAUCCUUCUUUUCCCGUCUCUUUCUUAUCCCGGUCUACCCCGUCCUUUUCUUGUCCUUUUCCCUCUUCCCUUCCCUUCUCCUUUCUUUUUCCCGUUCCCGUUCCUGGCGGAGCGGAGCGGCCGGGGGCAGUUCCAGCUCCUCCCGCGUGCGGUGUCGUCUCCGGCUUGACGCCACUUGAGUUUUGGUUGAGUUUUGGUUGUGUUUUGGAUGUAUUUUGGUUGAGUUUUGGUUGAGUUUUGGUUGUGUUUUGCUCUCGGGGGCUCUUGGUAUUCGUUGUCACUGCUGCCACAUCGCGGUGAGGGUGGGGUGUGCUGGAGGUAGCCGGGAAAAGGAGUGGGGAUGGGAGAGGAAUUGAACGUUUCACAGUCACGGAAUUAUUUCCGUUGGAAAAGCUCUUAAAGAUCAGUGAGGCCAACCAUUCCCCCAGCACUGCCGCAUUCACCACAAACCCAUAUCCCCAAGUGCCUCAUCCACUCAUUUUUUUAAACACUUCCACGGAUGGUGACUCCACCUCUGCCUUGAGAAGCCUUUUAUGAUGCUUGGCCACCCUUUCUUUGAAGAAAUUUUCUCCAGUAUCCAACCUGAACCUCCCCUGGCACAACUUGAGGCUGUUCCCUCUCCUCCUGUCCCUGCUCCCAGGGAGCACAGCCCAACAUCACACGGCUGUCCCCUCCUGUCAGGAGUUGUGCAGAGCCAGGAGGUCCCCCCUGUGCCUCCUUUUCUCCAGGCUGAGCCCCUUUCCCAGCUCCUUUAGCCGUUCCUGGUGCUGCAGCCCUUUCCUAGCCCCGUUCUCUUGCCUGGGCUCUCUGUGUCAGUUUCACUGAUCCCUCAUUGUGGUCAAACCCCGAGGAGGUGCCUGUGCUGGGCUGUCCUGGCUGGAGUUGUGCCCAGGGAGUCUCGGGCUGCCCAGCUCUCUGUGCCUCCGUUCCUGCUGCAGAGCUCAGCUGGCCCAGCCGUGCUUUGGCUCUGCUACCUUCCCUUGCCUCUCAGGGUUCUCAGGGUGCUUUGUGUGUUCUGGGAUGAGUUCCGGGUGGUUACUGAAUCCCGGGGCUGCCGUGGGAUCCACGUUGGGUGUUUGUGAUGGUCACAGAUUCCUCCCGAGCUUUUGUGGCGGAGGAGGAUUCGGUCAUGGAUCAGGAGAGCUGUGGUUGAUAGUAGAGCUCAGGGGCUGUUUCCUGGCAGUUUGCACAUCCACAAUUGUCUCUACUCCAGGGAAUAUUACACAGUGGAUGAAAAGAGUUCCCAGAAGCAAUUGCUGUCAAACAGAAAGUGUUUUCUCUGCCAUUAUGGAAAGCUUCUGGUUUAGGAUAAAACCUCAGAUCAUGAGAUAGCUUAAACUGAAAUUCUGGUCAGGAUUCCUCCAAAUUCGACAUCAAUUUCUUGAUUUCCUUUAGAUGAUGAUAAUAAUUAUGGUUAUUGUAUAUUAUCUAGAUUAUAUGUUACUAUGUAUUUAUUAUUAUCAUUACUAUUAUUAUUUUAUUACAAUUUUUAAAUAAUCCAUGGAAUGAAUGCAGCUGUAUAAAAUAAAUAUGUAUCAACUACAAUCAAUUAAUUUUACUUUAUCCCUGGGUGCACAUUUCCAAUUGACAAUAAAUAGUUACUUUACCACUUCCUGGAUCCAACUGAACCCAUUAAAAUUAAUUCUUUUGGUUCUCUGGAGUGGCCCAUAGUCCCUGGUUAUUUAUUCACAUUUGUAGAUGAAAGUUGUGCCUAAAGGAACAGUUGGGAGUGAAGGCAGAUGGAAAAGUAGCUCAUUGUUCCUUCUGAUGACUUUGCAGGAAAAUUGAGCCAGUCUCUGGUCUCUGCUGAUGCAUUUUUUAGUGGCACUGUCAGGAUUUAUGUGGGAAUCAUGUGCUGGUGUUUGCACUGGAUUUGGUGAAUGAAUUUAUUUGGCAGAAAUAAAUAUUCCUAUUUCUUGAAAAUAAUCCGUGGGUGUUUUUUUUAAUGGAAGCAUAAAGGACAGAAGAUGAAUGUUUGAAUACUCAGUAUUUUGUGUGUUGUGCUGCUUACUUAGAGUAAUGAACAGAAAGAGAAGUUUGGACAGUAAAACUGGUGUGUCUGGUCAAGAAAACAGGAAUUCUGGUGAACUGAAGGAAAUGUAGAUUUUUUUUUUUUAAUUUUUCUGUUUUGAAAUAAGUAAAGAAAUAAAUCUCCCAGUGUCUUUCUGUUCUCUCGGCUUUCCUGCCAUCCUUAAUGCCACAUCCAUAGGGAGGUGUCAGUGUUGCCACACACAGACUGUUCACCAAAAGAAAUCUCCUUUUUCGGUCAAAAAAAAGUAAUCUGGUUGACAGAUCCCUCUGUGAAUGUCACAGAAUUUUAUUCUAUUGUUUUUAUUGAAUUUGAUAAUUUCUUUGGUGAUGUUAAAUAAGAUUUCUUCCAGUCCACCAUUUUUUGGUCUUCCAUGAGCUUAUUUCCCUCAAGGUUUGUUUAUGGAUCUGCCUUAGGCCUUUCUAAAGUAUCAUAACAGCACAAUUAUUUUUGAGUGUUGGUGUAUGAGACUUGAGGAGGUUUAUUCUUACGGGCUGGAAGUGAAGGAGGAUGAAGAGGAGAAAGAAAACUCUACUUCAGUAACUAUGGGAGAAAUCCCCAUGGACAACCUGGCAUGAUACAGAUUUCUUUUUUUUUUUUCUCUCUUUUUGGUUAGGAAAAGAAAUUAACCUGUUCUUUAACCAAAUUAAUCUAACACCCUAAAAAGGGAAUACUGAGGGAGUUUUUUCCAUUCUGCUUAAGACAUUUUUAAAGAUUCAUUAAUUCUAGGAAGCAGUAACCUUGAAGACUGAAGCAAAACAAUUUCUAACUCUUCUCUUCACCACUCAUAAAUGUAUGGGGACAAUGCACAGCGCUUUAUUUUAUUCUGGUAACAUGAAACUUCCUCGUGGUUGUUUUUUUGUAUCACCUAGGAAAAGUUUUAUGAUGUGAAAUUGUUGCAAAGAAGCCUUUUCAACUUAAGAGAGCUUAAAAGAUUUGCCGUGAUUCUUUCCUCUGUUGUUGGAGUAAAUAUGUGUGAAUUCCACUUCUCGGUAUCUUGUUGGACUUUUCAUUCUCUCCUGCCUAUCCUUGAGCUUUUUGUCAUUCUCCAAACAUGUAAAUACCUGAUAUUUGUUUCAAGUUAAAGAAUGCUAUUUCCCAGACAAUUAUGAUUUUUGGGUGUCUUGCUCUUCUUCAUGGAGAUAAAAAGCUACAGUUGUGUUCUGUAACCAUUAAAAGUAGAAUGAUCUGAAAUUCAGGCAAAUGAGAUUUUUUUACUGGUGCUUUUCCCCCCAGCCUACUUUUAAAGUUCCUGUUUGUAGCAAGUCAAAACCAGUUUUUAAGUCCGUUGAGCUCGAGGUGAGUGGUGAUUCCAGGUGGAAUGAGGUGAGCACUGCAAACUGGCAGAGGAACGUAUUGAUGCAAAUAUAUCAUCAGCUCAUCUCUCCCUGUUUUUCUUGCUUCCUCUCCCUCUGGUCUGUUCCCCCUCCUCUUGCCCAAAAGUUAGAAAUGUCCCCUUGCUUUGACAGGUGGAGGAACAAGCCUCUUUGGAGGUUUCUUCUUGGUGCCAGUUUGCAGCCCUAGUUAGUUGAGGGCGCAGUGAGGGCAGCUCUGUUUACGCACACAUGUCUCUGCAGUGCUUUGGGCAGUAGAUUGUUCUGCUCAGAGUCCGGGAGCUCUUUGCAGAAGAGCUUGCUUUGGACAAACUCCACCGGAGUGGAAAAGGUUCUUUGUCUUGCCAUGGACUCAGAAAAUCUUGGCAUUUGGAACAGUCCCAACUGACUUGUGUUUUGACAAGAUCUGUUGGUCUCUUGCAUUUCAGGCUGUAUGUACCGAGUCAUUCAGACAACGGGACCAGAUGGAAAAAACCUUCUGAAAUUGCUUCCCAUUUCUAAAACUUCUGGAAGCUUUGUGCCAAUAGUUCAGUCUCCAGCCAUGCCAAAUAAUUCUAAUGCAAAUGUUUCUAGCCCAGUCCAUCUUACUUUCAAGACACAGAUUGGCAAUACUGCUGCACUUUCAUCUGUUAAGAUACCGAUUUUUCAGCCUCCUAAUCCUGGAAAGAUUAUUCUUACGAGGACAUUAGACAAGCAGGAAAAUGCUAGGGCAGGUUCUGAAAAGGAAAGCUUGAUUUCAAAUGCAGCUGCCAAUGCCCAGAGCAGCUGUGUGCCCAUGGAUGGAGUGUCCUUGCAGAACGUGGCCAUCACGAGCUCCUCUCACCAGAGCAGCCCAACCUACACAGUGGUGAAUACCAAACCACUCCCAGUGACUGUUAAGUCUCCAAUGCUGCCCUCCGGACACCACCUGCAGAUUCCAGCUGAUGCAGAAGUGAAAUCUGUCCCAGCGUCUCUUUUGCCACCUGCAAUACAGCAAAAAAUCCUGGCAGCUGCAGCCACCAAUGUGUCUGGAGGGGCUGACAGUACAAAAGCACCAACAGUGAUUUACGUGUCCCCCGUAAACACAGUGAAAACCUCCCAAGUCCUGCCCAAGCACUUGCAGAGCUUUUGCCCUCAACCUGCCACGGAAGUUUCAAAGACACUGAUAGUGACAGCUGCCCAGAAGGGAUCUGGUUCUUCUCUUGAGCCAGUCACAUCCGAGGGGCAGCAGUGCCAGCAAACUCCCAUGAAAUGGAUUGUGCAAGAAACUGCCCCGCUUUCAGCAGCUUGUCGUAUCCCUGUAAAGUCUUCAAGUAAUGUGGCUUCCAAGAUCCUGAAAACUUUGUCAGACACGAAGAACGUAGAAGUUAACCCUGCAAAUAUUUUACCACUCUGUUCUAAUGGUCCUGGUGGAAGCCAAACCAAAAUCACACGUUUAAAAGAUAAUGCUCUGGUCAUGUACAAUGGGAAAGUCUAUUUAUUGGCCAAAAGAGGCUCUGAUGUUCUGUCAGCCCAGGCUGACAAACAGACAUCUCCCUCUUCUGAUGCUUUACUUAAAAAGGAGACACCUGAGCAAAUUGAUUCUACUGAAGUCAAUAAAAUAACCAGUAAAGUGGUGAAUCUGGUGUUGUCAAAAAGCAAAGCAGUGGUGCUGUCUCAGAAAGACCCAAAACCAUGUACAGUUUCCAAAAAUUCAUCACCAAUUAGCUUAAGAAAUGACUUACAAUCCACAUCUGCAGCUCUGCUGACACCAAGUGCUAAUCAGCAGGAUCCCACUGUUAUCCUGAGACAGAGUUUGCCCUUCACCAAGAACAUUUCUUGCAGUGAAGUGAUCCCAGUUCCAGCAGUAGGGAUGCAGGAGAGUGUGUGGCAAAAUGGCAAAGACAUAAGUCAUUCCCCAAGAGCAGCAGGGGCUGUGUUACCUCAGGCUAAGCAGGAAUGUGCUGUCAGUGAAGACUGGCCAAAGAUGCAAUGUGUAAAGAUGGAUUCACCGGGAAAGGUUAUUCAAAUCAAUCACCAAGAGCACUCACACUGGAGACAAUAUUUGGAAUUAAGGAAAAAAUUUGGUCUCUAUAAGGAAGAGAGAGUUUACCUUACAAGAGUCCCAUUAAGGGCCUUCUGUGAGAAUCCAGAAGAAGGGGUUUGUUCCAGUGACAGCUUGGAAAGGAAAAAUGAGUCUUGCAGUUCAUCCUCAUUGGAUGUGGAAGUAAUGAGUCAUCAUCAGGAAUGUGUUAAAGAAAAGAUAAUUGUUGAUCUGGAAGACGAUUUGAAUAGGAAAAGGAAAAUAAAAUCCUCACCUUUGUCAGACAGUGGCAAGAGGAGGAGAACUUCAAUCAAAUCAGCCACAAGUCCCAGUUUAGAAAUCACCAGCUCAAGUUCCAGUGCACGUAACAGGAGUGUUUCACCUGCACCAGCCCCAGCACAGCCAAGUGUUCCCACUGGCUUCGUCGGAGUGUCCCAAGAGAGGGACUUGGAGCAGGACACGUUCCUCCGGUACAGUGACACUACCCACCCAGGGAUUUCAGUUUUAGUGACUUCUGAAGAGGAUACUUCCAUUCUGGAAGGUUCUUUCCGAGAUGAUGCUUUCCCUAUGGCUCCCCCAGACCUGGAGGAGACAAUACGGGAAGAAAGAAUCAAGCGACUGAAGCAGACCCUGCGGCAGCAGAACGCGGCGCUGGAGGAAAUGCGCCGGGAAAGGCAGCAGAGCUGAGACCCCUGCCCUGGAGAUCCCAACCUCAUGCAUCACCUCUUCAGUGACUUCAAGAGGAAAUCCCUUGCUUAAAUGAAUAUUUUCUGGUAGAUGGAAGAACUAGAUGAAUUUUAAGUAUGUGUGUAUUUAGAGAACUGUAGGUUUUUGUUAAAUGACAGAAAUAAGAGAGUUGACCAUCAAAUUCUACUUCUAGGACAUGAUCCAAGAGCACAGACAAAGGGCAUUUUUACCAGCAUAUUCCCCAUAUUUUGAAUAGAGGGGGUUCUGUAUUAGCCUCAGCAAAUAAACUUUCCCCUUUUGAAUUCCAUGGCCUGGCUUUUAGAACCCCAAUGAAAAUUGCAAACCCUAGUUGUAGAUACUUUUUUGUUUGUUUUUCUUAUGUGCAUGAGAACUUUGAUAACUCCUGAGAACUGUUAAUUUUCAGAAGAGGUCAACAGUCAGUGGUUAAUAAAUGCUAUUUAAAUUAUCUGGGAAUUGGACUUUAGACAGUAACAGUGCAGAUAUUUAUACAAAACCUCUUGCAGAUGUGAAGACAGAGGCAGGAGGAACCCUGUGACAGUUGUUUGGAUUCACGAUUCUCUCUGUCAUUAUUGUGAGCCUUUAUAAGGCCAUGGCCAGCUGUGCAAUGUGGAAAUUUGGUUGUGGGGUUGUUUUGGAAGAGUGGGAUGUAUUUUUUUUUAAGCAGAAUUCUGUUAAAAAUAAUUUCUUGAAGCUAAAAGACUUCUUUAUCCCUGGGUGGUAUCUUUAACAAUCCUCAAUGAGUGUUUUUUAAUUUGUUGUUGUUUGAACAUGUCUCUUGCCACCUUCAGUUGUGGUACCUUAGUUUGCCUUGUAGGAGGGGAUGUGCCCUCAGACUGUCUUUACAUCCUAAUUUUUGGAGAACUUUGUGUGUAUUUCCCCACCGUGCUCUGUUGUACAUGUAGGGACACCUUUCCUUGUCCUCUAUUGUCCAUGUCUGAUCAUUGCAGGUUCCUUCUGCAGUUUUUCAGUUUCCCUUUCACCAAAUAAUAACUUUUUUUACCAGCAGAGUUUAUUAUUGCUUUGUUCCUGUCUGUUUGUAUUUAUGUUAAACAUCACCAAUCCUGGCAAAGUUCUGCUGCAGAUUUGUGUUCAUGGAAGGCUUCUUUUUUUACUGUCCUUACUUUUGUUUUUAUUCUUAUUUUGUUUCAUUUUAAUCAAAUUCUCAUCUGCAGGGUUUUCAUUUAUUAUCCCAUGGAUGCCCAGUUUAUCUAUAGGGUUUUGGUGGAGGAUGGAUGUUUCUUGGAGAGCUUAGUCCUGUAUUCCUUAUUUAUUUAAGUUUUCACAGUGGGAAAAAUUCCAAUGGAUUGGAGAGGCAGGAGAGGUUUUUAGAAGCGAAGAAAAAUGAAGUUCCUGCUCUGAAGAAUCACAGAAUCAGAGAAGGGUUUGAUGUGUAAGGGUUCUUAAAGCUCAUCUCAGUCUACCCCCUGCCAUGGGCAGGAACACGUUCCACUAUCCCAGGUUGCUCCAAGCCUCAUCCAGCCUGGCCUUGGAUACUUCCAGGAAUGGGGAGAUCUUAAGCUAGGCCGAGGUGAUGGCCUAGAUGCACAGUGGUGGGUGAAGAAGGAAGGUGAAUAAUGUAAAUAAACUCUGCAGUGAUUGAGAUUA